GAAAAAGGAGACUGAGACUGAAAGCACAAGAACAAGGCGGAGAAACAACAAUUAAAAAGGGGGCCGGGCCUGAGAGAUGAAAAUGAGGGGGAAAAGCCGUGUCUGAUGUGGGCUAACCCGUUUGGUCCGAUGCGAUGGGAGGGUGGUUUGGUGUGCGAUCCAUCGUCAACCUUCUUCCUGGGUAUUCCCUCAUCCCCCCUUCGCCUCCGAUUAAUCCUCGCGAAUGGGCCUGUCGGAACGGCUGGGACUGUUCGGGUGUCGUCAUCCUCUGGGAAUCCCGACUCACUUCGCCCGGGUCGGCAUGAUGGGGUCCCCGAAUCUUCCUUUCUUGCACGCACUCCGUAUGUAUUAAUGGCCAUCUUCACUAUGGAGUGCGAAAGAAACGAAUUCCAUGAACCGAUUCUCUGUGGUUUCGAACCCAUCCACUUUCACCGAGGCGUGACACUCCUCGAUCAGACCAUCGCAGGGAUAUUUAUUACCUAAUUUGACUCUCGGUUAGUUACGAGUUGUUCUCGAACUUGGUCUACGCGUCCCGUGCCGCAACCACUGCCGUCCAGAUCAUGCCAGUUUGUGGGGGGGGAAGGGGUCGAAGGCGGUGAAACUUGUAUCUCUACAUACAAGGUACACCGAUCUGCGUCAAAAACGUGCUUGUCACGUCCACCCCGGUCUGAGGUACCGUGGUAGUCACCGGGAACAAAGCCGAAGAAGCGUGGGGAAACUCUCCAUGGGAAUGCAUGACACAUAAUUUUGAAGUACGUGGAUUGCAUUGGCUUUACGGGGUGUCUCUCUCUCUCUCUCUCUCUCUCUCGCUCCUUUCAUGCAUUGGCUUCGUAAAUGGUAUCUACAUAUAUAUGAUGUAUAUACGUUUUGCGAGUACAGUAAUCCCAGGCUGAAAAGAAAUCAA